CCAAACAUAAUGAAGCCCCCCAUUUUAAACCACUCCAAAUUGCUUUCUUUCCAUUAGAAGAAGUGAAGAACACAAACUAAAGCGCACACACUAGCUCUCCCCAUUCGCUACACAGGCGGUGAUCGACAUUGACAACCGUCGGCGCCACAGGAAACAGAACAAGAGUAGUGAAAAUGUCAAGCUAUUUGUGGAGGAAAUAUGCUGAUUACUUGUACUCGAAGUGGGAAAAAACAAUUCUCUGGGACAUGGUUGAUCCAUACAGGCGACCCAAAUCGUUUACCCCACUUGUCACAAUCUAUAUCUUUGCCUUUUAUACUGGGGUCAUUGGGGCAGCUAUCACUGAGCAACUCUACAAGGAGAAAUACUGGGAAGAGCACCCAGGGCACGUGGUGCCUUUGAUGAAACCGAAGUUUUAUUCUGGGCCUUGGAAGAUACUGAAAGGGGAUGUACUGAAAGGCGAUGUUCUCCCACCUGACCAGUAAAAUCCCCAAGCAACCAGUUGGACGACACAUUGCUCGAGUUCUCAUUGCCCGUAAAUAUGCAGCAAGUUUAAUUCUAUCAAGUACUAGUAUGUCAUUGUCUAAAAUAACCAGAGCAAAUAUACUUUGUCACUCUAUUGAUGCCCAAUUUCGAAGAGCAGAUUACCAAAUUUGUCACUGAUUAAUAUCAAUGUUGUGUCUGAUCUGCAAUACAAAAACCUUCGGUAAUUUUCCCACGAAUAGAAAUCUGAUGAUCCCUCUUAAAUCCUCGGCAAGUAGAUGGAAUUGGUUUGUGUUAUCAGAUCUUUUAUGUGCUUUUCUUUCUUGAGUGCUCU